AUGGCCUCUACCUCUAACACCCGCUCUGCCACCAACCGCACUGCCCGCGCUAGGAAACAGGUUAUGUAUAUAGAAGUCUCUUCAUCUGCCCCUUCGUCUGACCACGACGCCUCCGAGACCAACAAUGACGCCUCCAACACCCACGGCGACGCCGCCUCUGAGACCUCUGAAGCCUACGAUGGCAUCCUAAACCCAGAGUCCAAACCCUUGCCCUCUGACGACGACGAGCCCACCUCCGACUAUGAAUCCAGUGUAGGUGUAAGCCUUGAAGUCCCCGUGGCCGCCUCGUCGUCACCCGUGGACACUUCCCUACCCGCACCGUCGUCCUCCAUAGUUCAGCCAUCCUCAUCCAAAGAUGAGGCCAUGCCUACCUGGUAUGCCUCAACGAACCCUGGAGAUAUGGCGACCUUCCUAGACACCAUCUACUCUGGCGACGACGAAGUGGCCCAGAGCGUCACGUGUCUGCGAUUCUCCGCGAUCUUCGAUACACCAACCGACUCCGGCUUGAUCGAGUCUUUCGGUAUCGACCCCAACAAUAUGGACUACAGUCCCCCACUGGAACACGAACGCGGCUUUCAGGCACGCAUUUGUCGCAGGCUAAGGUUGCUGCUUCGAGCUGUCGAUAAGCCUGAGGCCGAAAAGCUAGUGGUCUAG